AUGCUGCUCCUGCCCCUGUGGGUAGUGGCAGCCGCGCUCCUGGGGCUCCGCGCCGCCGCCGGACGGCAGGCUGACAAAGAACAGCAGAUCCAAACAGAGCUUGGGAGCAGCAGGGCCAAGCCCUACGGCUUCGUCAUCCCCAUCAGCACCGGCGCCGAUGGCAGCUACGUUUCCAACGUCCUCUCCGCCAGCCGCCAGAGGAGGUCCCCCCGGGAGGCCUCCCACGGCCCCAGGCAGCUCUACUUCAACGUCACCGCCUUCGGCAGGCAGCUCCACCUCCGCCUGCAGCCCAACGCGCGCCUGCUGGCUCCCGGCGCCACCCUCGAGUGGUCCGAGGGCUCCCUGGGCGCCGCUGCCAACCGGAGUCAGGCCACGGCCGCCGCCCGCGGCUCCCGCAGGACAGAGCCCCUCUGGACCGACUGCGCCUACGUGGGAGACAUCACCGACGUCCCCGGCGCCUCCGUGGCCAUCAGCAAUUGUGAUGGGCUGGCUGGCAUGAUAAGAACUGAUGAGGAUGAAUACUUCAUUGAGCCUUUGGAACGGGGGAAGCAGAUGGAGGAGGAGAAGGGAAGGAUCCACCUGGUCUACAGGAGGUCAGCUGCAGUGCCACACUCCACUGACUCCCUCCCUGAUGUCCACACAGAAGAGCCGUUCCCGGACGGCCCGGGGGAGCUGAGCUCCCUGUCCCGCGGGCUGGAGCGGCAGCUGCGGGAGCCCCUGCGGCGCCGCAGGCACGCCGGUGGGGACGAGGACGACUACAACAUCGAGGUGCUGCUGGGCGUGGACGACUCCGUGGUGCGCUUCCACGGCAAGGAGCAUGUGCAGAACUACCUCCUCACCCUCAUGAACAUCGUGAAUGAAAUCUACCAUGAUGAGUCCCUGGGGGUUCACAUCAACGUCGUGCUGGUCCGGAUGAUCAUGCUGGGGUAUGCAAAGUCCAUCAGCCUGAUCGAGAGGGGCAACCCCUCGAGGAGCCUGGAGAACGUCUGUCGCUGGGCGUAUCAGCAGCAGAAGGCAGACCCCAGCCACGCCCAGCACCACGACCAUGCCAUCUUCUUAACCAGGCAAGACUUUGGGCCUGCUGGCAUGCAAGGCUAUGCUCCUGUGACUGGCAUGUGCCACCCGGUCCGCAGCUGCACCCUCAACCACGAGGAUGGCUUCUCUUCAGCCUUUGUGGUGGCUCAUGAAACUGGGCAUGUGCUGGGGAUGGAGCACGAUGGGCAAGGGAACAGGUGUGGAGAUGAGACAGCCAUGGGCAGUGUCAUGGCUCCCCUGGUGCAGGCUGCCUUCCACCGCUACCACUGGUCCAGGUGCAGCGGCCAGGAGCUCCGAAGAUACAUCCACUCUUAUGACUGCCUUCUGGAUGACCCUUUUGAGCAUGACUGGCCCAAGCUGCCCGAGCUGCCAGGCAUCAACUACUCCAUGGACGAGCAAUGCCGCUUCGACUUCGGUGUGGGCUACAGGAUGUGCACAGCAUUCCGAACCUUUGACCCCUGCAAGCAGCUCUGGUGCAGCCACCCAGACAACCCCUACUUCUGUAAGACAAAGAAAGGACCUCCACUGGAUGGGACAGAGUGUGCCCCUGGGAAAUGGUGCUACAAAGGUCACUGCAUGUGGAAGAAUGCCAACCAGCUGAAGCAAGAUGGCAACUGGGGAGCCUGGACCAAGUUUGGCUCCUGCUCCCGGACCUGCGGGACCGGAGUUCGCUUCCGCACGCGCCAGUGCAACAACCCAAUGCCCAUCAAUGGAGGUGAGGACUGUGCUGGGGUCAAUUUUGAGUUCCAGCUGUGCAACCCUGAGGAGUGUCCCAAGCACUUUGAGGACUUCAGGGCACAGCAGUGCCAGCAGCGCAAUGCCCACUUCGAGCACCAGAGCAGCAAGCACCACUGGCUGCCCUAUGAGCACCCUGACCCCAACAAGAGAUGCCACCUGUACUGCCAGUCCAAAGAAACUGGAGAUGUUGCCUACAUGAAGCAGCUGGCACACGAUGGCACUCGCUGCUCCUACAGAGAUCCCUACAGCAUCUGUGUCCGUGGGGAGUGUGUGAAAGUGGGCUGUGACAAGGAGAUUGGCUCCAACAAGGUGGAGGACAAGUGUGGUGUCUGCGGCGGGGACAACUCCCACUGCCGGACGGUGAAGGGAACCUUCACCCGCACGCCCAAGAAGCUUGGGUACCUGAAGAUGUUUGACAUCCCUCCUGGUGCUCGACAUGUGUUCAUCCAAGAAGAUGAGGCCUCUCCUCACGUUCUUGCAAUAAAGAACCAGGCGACAGGACACUACCUCCUGAAUGGGAAGGGGGAGGAGGCCAGGUCCCGGUCCUUCAUCGACCUGGGCGUGGAGUGGGAGUACAGCAUGGAGGAGGAGACGGAGACCCUGCACACGGCCGGGCCCCUGCACGACGCUGUGGUGGUGCUGAUCAUCCCCCGGGAGAACGACACCCGCUGCAGCCUGACCUACAAAUACAUCAUCCACGAGGACUCCGUGCCGACCAUCAACAGCAACAACGUCCUGCAGGAAGACCUUGACACCUUUGAGUGGGCCUUGAAGAGCUGGUCCCAGUGCUCCAAGCCCUGUGGUGGAGGGUCUCAGUACACCAAGUAUGGGUGCCGGAGGAAGAGUGACAACAAAAUGGUUCAUCGCAGCUUCUGUGAAGCCAGCAAAAAGCCAAAGCCCAUCCGUAGGAUGUGCAACCUUCAGGAAUGCACCCAGCCCCUCUGGGCAGCAGAGGAGUGGGAGCACUGCACCAAGACCUGUGGGAGCUCUGGCUACCAGCUGCGGACGGUGCGGUGCCUGCAGCCGCUGCGGGACGGUGCCAACCGUUCGGUGCACGCCAAGCACUGCGCCGGGCAGCGCCCCGACAGCCGCCGGCCCUGCAACCGCCUGCCCUGCCCGGCCCCCUGGAGAGCAGGACCCUGGUCUGAGUGCUCGGUGACCUGCGGGGAGGGAACGGAGAGGCGGCAGCUGACCUGCCGCGCCGGGGACCGCUGCGACGGAGAGAAGCCUGAGGCAGUCAGGGUCUGCAAGCUGGCUCCCUGCAGUGAUGAGCCCUGCCUGGGAGACAAAUCCAUCUUCUGCCAGAUGGAAGUGCUGGCCAGAUACUGCUCCAUCCCUGGCUACCACAAGCUGUGCUGUGAGUCCUGCAGCAGCAGGCGCAGCAGCACCCUGCCACCUCCCUUCCUCACCCACGCCGCCGACACCCAGCAGGCCCAGCUGGGCGCCGGCAGCCUCCUGCCCAGGGCUCUGCUGGUGCCAACGCCACCAGUGCCCCACCACCCGCAGCUCCUGCCCGGGAGGAGGCCUCUGGGCAGGCUUCCCUCUGUGGAAGAGGACACAGAAACGCACAUCUCCCCCUCCAGCACCAAGCCCAGAGGUGCUGAGAUCCUUCCGUGGAGAGCUCCUCAGGUGAGGAAGGCUUCCAGGCUGUCUGCCUCGCUCCACCAGCCGCCUGCCAACGGCAGCAGCAGCAGCCUGGGUGCCCACCGUGCCCUGGCGCCGGUCCCGGCGGUGCCAGCCCAGAACACCACUGCAGGUGCUCCUUCUCCAUCGAGGAGAACCUCCCAGAAGAGCCAGAAGCACGUUGAGAAGAGGUGGCCCUCAGGGUCCUCCACGGUGGAAAGAUGA